AGGACUGGGGGGGACUGGCAGGGGACUGGGACAAACUGGGAGGGGCCUCAGCUCAGACGGUCCCCAAACCCAGCUCAGGGUAUCCCUAAACCCAGCCUGGGAGGUCCCCAAGCCCGGCCUAGAGGGUGCCCAAGGGGAUCCCCAAACCCAGCUCUGGGGGUCCCUAAGCCCGACUCUGGGGGUCCCCAAGCCCAGCUCAGGGGGAUCCCAGGCCCAUCCCCUCCCCUGUGUCUCCUCUCACCCUCUCACCUGUCCCGGGUUCCAGGUGUGGCCAUGGAGGCGUUGCGGGGGAGGGGCCACGAACCCCACUUUUCCCGACGGAUCCUGGAGGAGCCUCGAGGGGAGGAGGAAGAACCAGGUGAGGAAGAACUUGGUGAAGAACCAGGUGAGGAAGAGGAACCAGGGGAGGAGGAAGAACCAGCUGAGAAGGAAGAACUUGGUGAAGAACCAGGUGAGGAGGAAGAACUUGGUGAGGAAGAACCUGAUGAGGAACCAGGUGAGGAGGAACCAGGUGAGGAAGAAAUUGAAGAACCAGCUGAUGAAGAACCUGGUGAGGAAGAGCUUGAUGAGGACCCAGGUGAUGAAGAACCAGGUGAGGAAGAAGAAGAACCAGGUGAUGAAGGCCAGGAGGCAACUCAGGUGACACCAGGAGGAGCCUCCUGCGCCCAGGUGAGGCCUCCAGGUGAGGCCUCAGCCCCUCCCCUGCGCCGGCGGAAGCCUCGCCUGUACCUGAACCCCCGGCGGCCCCGCCCCAGCCGGGAACACCUGGAGAGCCCCGAGGAACCUGGACCUUCUCACGGGAACCACCUGCAGGUACUGUGGGGUCGCCCGGGUGAGCUGGGCCACGCGGGUGAGCUGAGCCCAGACGAGCUGGGCCACGCGGGUGAGCUGGGCCCAGAUGAGCUGAUCCCAGGUGAGCUGGGCCCAGGUGAGCUGAGCCCAGGCGAGCCCAGCCAGGCCUUCGUGCAGCUCAUCGACGAGCGCGGCGUCUACUCCACGGCCAAGCUGGUGCUGGGCGGGCGUGCCGGUGCCGGUGCCGCGAGCCCCGCGGGCGAGGCGGAGUGGGCGGAGCCGCCGGGCGAGGCGCCGGCGCCGCUGGAGAUCCGGCGGGUGAUCGUGGCCGAGAAGCCCUUCCAGUGCCCCGUGUGCCACAAGGGCUUCAAGCGGGCGUGGGAGCUGCUGAGCCACGAGGUCGUGCACACCGAGGCGCGGCCCUUCACCUGCCAGGCGUGCGGGGCCACCUUCAAGCGCCACUCGGACUUCAAGAGCCACGGGCUGGUGCACACCGAGGAGCGGCCGCACCGCUGCGACCUGUGCGGGAAGCGCUUCAAGCGCUCCUCCAACCUGCAGGAGCACCGGCGCAUCCACAGCGGGGAGCGCCCCUUCGCCUGCCCGCGCUGCCCCAAGGGCUUCAAGACGCCCUACGAGCGCCAGCGGCACGCCCUGACGCACCUGGGCGCCGACAAGCCCUUCCGCUGCGGCGACUGCGGCAAGGAGCUGGCGACGGGCGCGGCGCUGCAGCUGCACCGGCGGCAGCACUGCGAGGACAAGCCGCACGCCUGCGGCGUCUGCGGCAAGAGGUUCACCUACGGGCACUCGCUGAAGGUGCACGAGCGGGUGCACACCGGGGACCGGCCCUUCACCUGCGGCCUCUGCGGCAAGGGCUUCAAGCAGAGCAACGCGCUGGCGUCGCACGAGCGGGUGCACACGGGCGAGCGGCCCUUCGCCUGCCGCACCUGCGGCAAGGCCUUCAAGCAGUCGUCCUACCUGGCCAUCCACCAGCGCGCGCACACGGGCGAGCGGCCCUACGGCUGCGAGGCCUGCGGCAAGGCCUUCGCCCGGCCCUCGCUGCUGCUGCAGCACCGGCGCGUGCACAGCCAGGCCCGGCCCUACGAGUGCAGCUUCUGCCACAAGUUCUUCAAGGACCUCGCCUACCUGGGCGUGCACGAGAAGGUGCACACGGGGGAGACGCCCUACAAGUGCGGGGUGUGCGCCAAGGGCUUCGCGCACCCCUCCAACCUGCUGCAGCACCAGCGCGUGCACAGGGACACCGUGCCCGGCCUCGCUCCCUCCCUCAGGCACUCCAAGAGCAGCGUCUCGGAGCCCCGACAGCCCACGUGGUCCAGCAGGACGGGCCCCACUCCUUCCCCGAAGUGGGCGUGGCCGGGGGCGGCCACGGCGUCCCCACAGCCCAGCUGGCGGCAGGUGACCCGCGCGUCCCGCAGGUCCCAGGUGUCGUCGCAGACCGUGCCCCACCUGUGCUCGUGCAGCACCUCCACCCGCCCCGCGCAGGGGGUGGGGCCGCCCACCAGGCGCACCUGGAACUGCUCCUCCGUCACGUUGGCACCUGGGCAGGUCCCAGCUGUCGUCACAGACUGUCCCCCAUUGGCCAUCGUGGAGCACCUCGACACGCCCCAUGCACAGCCAGGCAGGACCGGGCCCCGCCCCAAAACGGGCGGCUCCAGGUGUGCUGAGGGCGUGGCCGCAGCCCAGGUGACGGCAGACCACCUGGGCAGCCGCCAGGUCCCAGGUGUGGCCGCAGACAGUGCCCCAGGUGUGGUUGUGGAGAACCUCGACGCGCCCCGAGCAGCGGUGCGGGGCCCCCCCCAGCCCUUCACCUGGCACUCCAGGAGAGCCCCCUCGUCCCCCCGGCAGGUAACGGCCUCCAGCCAGGUGAGCUCGCCCUCGCCUGGCCUCACCUGGUCCACGCCCGCUGCUCCCCCACAGCCCACCUGGGCGCAGACCACCUGGGCGGCCGCCAGGUGCCAGGAGUGGGCACAGAUCCCACCCCAGCGCCCGGCGUGGAGCACCUGCACCCUCCCCGAGCACCUGUCGGCACCAUCGGCCAAGCGCAGGUGGGUCAGGUCGGCCAGCCCACCCGCCCCUGCCCUGCGGCUCACCUGCGCACACCACGCUGGCAUCCUCGUUGUGCUCGCAGCCGUGGAUGCCCCAGCUCUUGUGGCGACACUCAUCCAGGUGCCCCUCGUGGCCCUGGCAGGUGAGCCCGUCCAGCCAGAUGGGGCCACGCCCCUCCCCGAAGCGCGCGCGGGGCGGGGCCGAGAUCACCUGGCCGCAGCCCAGGGAGCGGCACACGACGGCGGCGGCGGCGAAGUCCCAGGUGUCGUCGCAGACCGUCCCCCAGGCGCCGGCGUGGAGCACCUCGACCCGCCCUGCGCACUCACCUGGGCCGCCCACCAGGCGCACCUGGGCACCGCCCGACGGCUCCGCACCUGCGGGCAGGGGAAGGGGGAAGGGCACACCUGGUUACCUGCGGGGGGGUGGUACCUGGCGGGGGGGGGAUUACAGGGCGGUGCCGCAGCCCAGGUACCGACAGACCACCUGGGCGGCCUCGUGGGACCAGCCCCCUGCACAGACCCCGCCCCACCUGUCCAGGUGAAGCAGCUCCACCCGCCCGGCGCAGCGGUGGGAGCCGUUGACCAAGCGCAGCCUCACCUGACUCCCCCGGGACUCACCUGGGCGUCCGCCAGGUCCCAGGUGUCGUCGCAGACCGUGCCCCACCUGCCGUUGUGGAACACCUCGACCCUCCCGGCGCAGCGGCUGCCGGAGCUCACCAGGCGCACUUGGGUGCUGCUCACCUGUGCAGACCACGCCUGCCGCCCCGCCCAGGUGACACGUGCGGUUCUCCCAGGGCUUCACCUGGCAGCCCAGGAGCUCCCGCUCUGUCCCCACGCAGGAGCCUCCAGGUGCGGAGAGGGCGUGGCCGCAGCCCAGCUGCCUGCAGACCACCUGGGCCUCGGCCAGGCCCCACCCGUGGUCGCACAGGGCCGCCCAGGUGCCCCCGUAGGACACCUGCACCUGCCCCUGGCAGCGGGUGGAGCCGUUGGCCAAGCGCACCUGGGCGGGCACCGCCAUCCUGGAGGCUGCAACGACACAGAUGACGUCGUGGCCCCGGCCGAAGUGGGCGUGGCCGGGCGCGGCGAGGGCGUGGCCGCAGCCCAGCUGGUGGCAGAUCACCUGAGCAUCCUGCAGGUCCCAGCCGUCGUCGCAGACCGUGCCCCACCUGUGCAGGGCCGCGCCCGGCACUGCUCCAGGUGCCCCUCGUGCCCCGCGCACUUCACCUCGUCCAGCCAGAUGGGCCCCUCCCCCUCGCCGUACCUGGCGCCGGGGGCGAGCGCCCGCAGCCGCCCGCAGCCCACCUGGGCACAGGUGACCUCGCCCUCGGCCACGCCCCAGCCGUCGUCGCACACGGUGCCCCAGGUGAGGUUGUGCAGCACCUCGACCCGCCCCGAGCAGCCGUCGGGACCCCCCUGGAGGCGCACGGAGACCCCCGGGGGGGACGGGGACACACCUGGGACAGGCCACACCUGUGCCCACCUCAGCCCCUGCUGGGACCUCACCUGUGCCCAGGUGUGCACUCCCAACAUGAGGCUCCUUUACCUGCAGAGCCACCUGGGGCUGCUCCUCUACCUGUCCCUGAGCGGUCCCGCCCUGGCCCCACCCUCACCUGUCCCGCUGCGCCUGGCGGGCGGCCCCGGGCGCUGUGCGGGACGCGUGGAGGUGCUUUACCUGCACAGGUGGGGGACGCUCUGCGGCCACACCUGGGGCCUGCCCGAGGCUCAGGUGGUCUGUCGCCAGGUGGGCUGUGGUCCCGCCCUGUCAGCGCCAGGCGGGGCCCACUUUGGGCAGGGGGAGGGGCCAGUGUGGCUGGACCGGGUCACCUGCACAGGCACUGAGGGCCACCUGGGCGAGUGCCAGGUGGGGCCCUGGGGAGAGGCCAGCUGUGAGCACGGCGCUGACGUGGGUGUGGUGUGUGCAGGUGCGGAGGCGGCGUCGCAGCUCCAGGUGCGCCUGGCCAACGGCUCCAGCGCCUGCGCGGGGCGGGUGGAGCUGUUCCGCGAGCACAAGUGGGGAACCGUCUGCGACGACACCUGGGACCUGCAGGACGCGCAGGUGAUCUGCCGCCAGCUGGGCUGCGGCCACGCCCUCGCCGCGCCCGGCCACGCCCACUUCGGCCGGGGGGCGGAUCCCAUCUGGCUGGACGGCGCCCACUGCACAGGUAGGGAGCAGGAGCUGGCGCAGUGCCAGCUGCACACCUGGGGCGAGCACGACUGCAACCAUGGCGAGGACGCGGGCGUGGUGUGCACAGGUCCCACCCCCCUGCAGGUGCGGCUGCGGGACGGCCCCGGGCCCUGCGCGGGGCAGGUGCAGGUGCUGCACAACCACACCUGGCUGGGCGUGUGCGGCCGCACCUGGAGCCUGCUGGAGGCAGAGGUGGUGUGCAAGGAGCUGGGCUGCGGCCCCGCCCUCAGUGCACCUGUCGGUGCUCACCUGGCCCCGGGGGCGGUACUGGAGGGUCUCACCUGUCGGGGCUCUGAGAUGCUGCUCCUGGAGUGCCUGAGGGAGGGGGCGGGGCCGGGCACCUGCCACGCAGGUGGGGCUGCCCGAGUGGCCUGCGAGGAGCUGGAAGACCUGCUGGGCUCCUGUUCGGUGCUGGAGGGGCUGCUGGGGGUUGGGGGGGGGCUCUGCGGGGCCCUCCUGGGGCUCUACCUGUGGGCCAGGUGUGCUGGGCGGGGCCGGCGCUUCACAGUAAAAUCUCCCAAAAUGCGACGGUGGGGGCGUGGCCUGCCUGGAGGGGGCGUGGCCUCCGCCGCUGUGCGUUCACGGGUGGGGCGUGGCCUCGUGAGGGAGGGGGCGUGGCCUCGUGAGGCGGCGCGGCCCGGUCGUUGCGCGGCGGCGGCAGCGGCGGGUCCAGCCCUGCCCCGGCUCGGGCCCCGGAGGAGCCUCCGAGAUCCCGGCCCUGCCCCGGCGGGUGUGACCAUGGCAGGCACCGCCCCCGCUCCGGGCGUCCCCGAGCAUCCCUUCACCUGCCGGGAGUGCGGGAAGUCGUUCCGCUGGUCGUCCCGCCUGUCCCACCACCUGCGCAGCCACACUGGUGAGCGGCCCUACAAGUGCCCCGAGUGCCCCAAGGCCUUCAAGGGCUCCUCCGCCCUCCUCUACCACCUGCGGGGCCACACGGGUGAGCGGCCCUACACCUGCGCCACCUGCGGCAAGGCCUUCAAGCGCUCCUCGCUGCUCCAGACUCACCUGAGGGUGCACACGGGCAUCCGGGCCUUCGAGUGCGCCCAGUGCGGCCUCACCUUCAAGUGGGCGUCGCACUACCAGUACCACCUGCGGGCGCACACGGGCGAGCGGCCCUACCGCUGCCCCGUCUGCCCCAAGGCCUUCAAGAACUCGUCGAGCCUGCGGCGGCACCGCCACACCCACACGGGGGAGCGGCCCCACACCUGCGGCACCUGCGGGAAGGGCUUCGCGCAGGCGGCCAACCUGCGGCAGCACCUGCGGGUGCACACGGGGGAGCGGCCCUACACCUGCGGCACCUGCGGCAAGAGCUUCACCCACUCCUCCAACCUGCACCUGCACCGCCGCACCCACGGCCCCACCCACCCGCCAGGACACGCCCCCUCAGCCACGCUCACCUGCCCGCAGAGGCACCCGCCGGGCCGCGGCCCCGACGCCCCAGAGGAGCCACCCCGGAGGGGCCUCACCUGCGCGGGGCGGGAGGUGGCCGGGCCGCCCCCGGCACAGCCCCAGCGCUGCCUCUCCUGCGGGAAGAGCCCCAAGAGCCCCUCAGCGCGGCCUCACCUGCCCGAGCGGCCCCGGGGCGGACCCUGCGGCAAGCCCUGCGCUCACCUGGCAGUGCCGCUCGGCCACGCCCUGGGCGAGGCUGCUGAGGUCGCGCCCGUCCCCGAGGAGCCGCUGCCGCCCCCCGAGCGGCCGUACAGGUGUGGCGAGUGCGGCAAAGCCUUCAAGGGCUCCUCGGGGCUGCGCUACCACCUGCGGGACCACACGGGUGAGCGGCCCUACACCUGUGCCACCUGCGGCAAGGCCUUCAAGCGCUCCUCGCUGCUCCAGACUCACCUGAGGGUGCACACGGGCAUCCGGGCCUUCGAGUGCGCCCAGUGCGGCCUCACCUUCAAGUGGGCGUCGCACUACCAGUACCACCUGCGGGCGCACACGGGCGAGCGGCCCUACCGCUGCCCCGUCUGCCCCAAGGCCUUCAAGAACUCGUCGAGCCUGCGGCGGCACCGCCACACCCACACGGGGGAGCGGCCCCACACCUGCGGCACCUGCGGGAAGGGCUUCGCGCAGGCGGCCAACCUGCGGCAGCACCUGCGGGUGCACACGGGGGAGCGGCCCUACACCUGCGGCACCUGCGGCAAGAGCUUCACCCACUCCUCCAACCUGCACCUGCACCGCCGCACCCACUCGGCCGCACGGCCCUUCCACUGCCCCGCCUGCCCCAAGGCCUUCGUGGUGGCCGCCUACCUGCAGCGCCACCUGCGCACCCACCGCGCGCCCGAGCCGCGCCCCCCGGCCUGUCUGCUGCUGCGGGGGGGGCCGCCCCUCCCGCCCGCCGCCCCCCGCAAGGUGCUGCUGCUGCCUGGCCCCGCCAAGGCCGCCCAGGUGCCCACCCGGGCUCACCUGGCGCAGGUGGGGAAGGGGCCGCACACCUGGCAGAGCGUCCUGGUGGUGCCGCCUGGGGCGGGACAGGAGGGGGCGGGGACGAGUGUGAUCUUGCUGAGGGGCGGGAUGGGGCCUGCAGGUGUGCAGGUACAGGUGGCUGAGGCGGCAGGGGUGGCGACAGGUGUGGCAGGGGUCACAGGUGUGACGGGUGGGGCAGGCAUGGCAGGUGUGCAGCUCCUCCAGGCCACCGAGGUGACAGGUGUGGCAGGGGUCACAGGUGCUCCAGGUGUGGCAGGGGUCACAGGUGUGGCAGGUGGGACAGGUGUGGCAGGUGUUACAGGUGUUACAGGUGUGCAGCUCCAGGCCACCGAGGUGACAGGUGUCACAGGGAUCACAGGUGUCCCGGGUGUGCAGCUCCAGGUGUUGCCAGAGGUCACCAACAUCCAGGUGCGGGGCGGGGAGGGGACAGGUGUGACAGGGGUGACAGCUGUUCCAGGUGUGGCAGGUGUGACCAGGGUAACAGGUGUCACAAGUGUGACAGGGGUGCCAGGUGUGCAGCUCCAGGCCACUGAGGUGACAGGUGUGGCAGGGGUGCCAGGUGUCACAGGUGUCACAGGUGUGCAGCUCCAGGUGUUGCCGGAGGUCACCAACGUCCAGGUGCAGGGCAGGGAGGUGACAGGUGUGACAGAGGGGGCAGGGGUGACAAGUGUCCUAGGUGUCCCAGGUGUGACAGGUGUCACGGGUGUCGCAGGGGUGAGAAGUGUGACAGCUGUGACUGGUGUCACAGGUGUGACAGGUGUUGCAGGUGUCACAGGGGUGCAGCUCCAGGCCACCGAGGUGACAGGGGUGACAGGUAUGACAGGAAUGACAGGGGUGACAGGUAUGACAGGGGUGCCAGGUGUGACAGGGGUGCCAGGUAUCCCAGGUGUGACAGGGGUGCCAGGUGUCACAGGUGUCACAGGGCUGCAGCUCCAGGUGCUGCCGGCACCCUCCGAGGUGACCAAAGUCCAGCUCCAGGUGUUACCACCACCACCUGAGGUGACCAAUGUCCAGCUCCAAGCGCUGCCACCACCCUCAGGUGUCACCAGAGUGCAGCUCCAGGUGCUGCCACCUCCACCUGAGGUCACCAAAGUCCGGCUCCAGGUGCUGCCACCACCCCUGGAUGUCACCUGUGUCCAGCUCCAAGCAGGUGAGGUGACCAAUGUCCAGCUCCAGGUGUUGCCACCGCCCCCUGAGGUGACCAAUGUCCGGCUCCAGGCGCAGCCACCACCCUCAGGUGUCACCUGUGUCCAGCUCCGAGCAGGUGAGGUGGCCAAUGUCCAGCUCCAGGUGCUGCCACCACCACCUGAGAUGACCAACGUCCAUCUCCAGGGCACUGAGGUGACCAAAGUCCAGCUCCAAGCGAUGCCACCGCCCUCCCAAGUGACCAAUGUCCAGCUCCAGGUGCUGCCACCACCACCUGAGGUGACCAAUGUCCAUCUGGAGACCAUGGAGGAGGUACCCAGUGCCCACUUGGAAACCUUGGAGGUGCCCCCUGUGCACCUGGAGACCUCAGAGGUGCCCAGUGCCCACCUGGAGACUUUGGAGGUGCCCCCUGUGACCCUGGAACUCAGCACAGAGGUGCCCAGUGCCCACCUGGAGAUGAUGGAGGUGCCCCAUGCCCACCUGGAAACCUUGGAGGUGCGCAGUGCUCGCCUGGAGACAUCAGAGAUGCCCAAUGGCCACCUGGAGACCCCCAAGGAGGUGCCCAAUGCCCACCUGGAGCCCACGGAGGUGCCCAGUGCCCACCUGGAAACCUUGGAGGUGCCCUCUGUGCACCUGGAGACACCAGAGGUGCCCAGUGCCCACCUGGAACCCCCUGAGGAGGUGACAAAUGUCCACCUGGAGACCUUGGAGGUGCCCAGUGCCCACCUGGAGACCUCAGAGGUGCCCAAUGCCCACCUGGAGGUGAUGGAGGUGCCCAGUGCCCACCUGGAGCCCACGGAGGAGGUGACAAAUGUCCACCUGGAGACUUUGGAGGUGCCCAGUGCCCACCUGGAACCCCCUGAGGAGGUGCCCAGUGCCCACCUGGAAGCCUUGGAGGUGCUGGGGGGGGCAUCUGCCUACCUGUGCCUGCAGGUGACAGAGAUUAGCGGGGCCCGGGUGGCACCGCGGGCACGGGAAACUCUGAGUCACAACCGCAGGGGCCGCCGAGGGGGCACCUGGGGGGGCACCUGGGGGGGCACUGACACCCCCUGACCCACCGGGGGACACAGGGCCCAUGGAAGCAGCGGCCGAGGAGGAAGAGGAGGAGGAGGAGGAGG